GAGGACUGGGCGCCGAUGAAGGCACUGACGCGGUUGCCAUGGUUUGAGAGGGUCUGGGUCAUACAGGAAAUUGGAACCAGGGCGCCGGCGGGGCUCUUCUGGGGCAAGGCGUCGAUGGACUGGCAUAUGCUGUACAGGGUGUGUGACAGACUGACCGAGUUCCACCAUCUGCGCCGCCAAUUCGACAUCGAGAUGGCCAAGGUCAAGUUUGUCUUUCAGCGCUUCGUGCCGCCCGAUAUCGCCACCCGGCACGCCAACCGCCUGAGCUUCAUCUACGAAUUGCACCGGGCGCGCCACGUCCAGGCGACUGACCCGCGAGACCGUGUCUUCGCCUUCUUGGGGCACUACUCAGUGACCGGCAGGGAGCUGCGCGGACUCGCGGCAAAUUACGACGCCGAUACCGGCACGCUCCCCGACGUGUACACGAAUGCGGCCGCUCGUACCCUCGUGGUGGACGGUGCCGACUCUGGACUCAUCACCCUCGCGGCAGUCCAACACCAUGAACUUGCAUCC